CAAACUUUUCACUCUUGCAAAGGAUUUAUGCCACUGAAAAUGGACUACCUGUGAAUUCCUUGACUCUGUGGGAUUUACCUCUUUUGGAUUUGGAUUUUGAAGGACUUGGGACCGCUUGAGUCGUGGAGUCAUGGAAGGUCUAGAGCAGCAGCGGCUCUGAGAGAAAUGCAUUUGGUGAAAGUUUCCCCCGAGUUGUAGUGACCCAGCAUGUAGCAGAAGUGAACAAGUCCCUUCACGCCUGGGAACAAUCAGACAAGAUAAUGGGGAAUUCAUACGCCGGGCAGCUGAAGUCUGCGCGAUUUGAAGAGGCUCUCCAUAACUCUAUUGAGGCAUCACUGCGCUCCAACAGCGGAGAUCCACAGCCCAUCUUCACACAGCUCUAUCUAGAGCCCGAGCAAUAUCCUGAAAUGAAGCCGAAGGCAGAACUGGCGCUCCAUGGCGGGGAGCCCCCAGGCCAUGAACUGCUGAACGGCCACUCUUCCAACGAUCUGGAGGAGCUGGAGGAGGACGAUGACUCAGACACCAGCAGCCCUCCACUUCCCUACCUACAGGCUCCUGCCCCAGAUGGCUGCUGCACAUUGGACGGGUUCUGUCAGGCCGGCAAGGACCUGCGCCUGGUCUCCAUAGCAACAGAGCCAAUCGAAGUCCCAGCAGGCUUCGAGCUGGUCGGUGCCAAGUCCCCCAGUGUCCCCGAGCAUAUCCUAGUGUGUGCUGUGGACAGGCGCUUUUUGCCUGAUGAGAAUGGGAAAAAUGCACUUUUAGGGUUUUCAGGAAACUGUGUGGGCUGUGGGGAAAAGGGUUUCCGAUACUUUACUGAGUUUUCAAACCACAUCAACCUGAAGCUGUCCACGCAGCCCAAGAAGCAGAAGCACUUAAAAUACUACCUGGUGAAGAAUUCUCAAGGUGCUCUGUGCAAAGGACCCCUUAUCUGCUGGAAAGACUGUAAAGCCCGUCAGUUCUCCAGCAGUGCGUCAACCUCCAAGCCCAGCUCGUCCUCCUCUCUCAGCAGUAAGGAAAAUGGAGGCACUAAUGGACACAGCUCCUCUCCCUUUUCCCUCUCAGAUUCUCCACCCACCAGAACUACACAAGCCUCUUCAGUGUUUUUUGGCAGUCAGGACCUGAGCAGAGAUUGCAGUUUCCUCAAACCCCUGGCCUCCACACCAGGGACCAAGACUCUGCCAAUAGUGCCCACAGCUCUGAGGGUGAAUGGGCCGGCUAAUGGCAUGGGUGUCGAUGGGCGUUCUCCCUUACUGAGUCCCUCCCAGGUCUCCUUAGGGCCUCAAGGCCAGGGGUAUCGCUCCGCUGACUUAGGAGACAGUCCAGUGUCCUCUGCCAUGAACUCCGGUCCUCCAAAAAAGCGACAUCGGAGUUGGCACCCCAGCUCAAUGGUGCCUGUUCCACCAACAGCCGUCCCCGUGCCAGCCAUCCGGCCAAUAGUUUGUUCUCCAGGCUCUGUGCUGGCCAUGUCAGCUCCUCAGCCACCGGUUGCAGGCGUCGUCCAGCCCCAGCCAAUCACUGCUGGAGAGACAGUCAUCAUCCCUGACAACCUGCUCAACACCUCAGGAGUUCGUCCUGUCAUCCUCAUAGGGCAUGGCGCUUUACCCUAUUUCUACGGGAAUGUGGGGGAUAUAGUGGUGAGCCCCCUGCUGGUCAGCUGUUAUAAGAGCAGCCAGCUGACGGAGAAAACUCUAGAGAACUUGGGCCUCAGCAGCAGCCAGCUGCUCAGCGUGGAGACAAUGAUCCUCCUCACCUUACAGUAUCUUGCACGCUUAGGCUCAGACCAGAUUCCUCUGAGGGAGGAGUUUGAGCAGAUUGUGUUAAAAGCCAUGCUGUGCUGUCCUGGGGGUCCUGCCAUCUCCCCGUCCCAGUUGCCCUGGCUGGCUCGGCUGGAAGCCAGCGUCUCUGGGGGCAGCGUCCAGGUCCUGGUGACCCAUAACUCUUUGGGAGAGGGCAUUUGUGAGUCACUGCGUUCACUUAGUGAGGGUCCACCUCACCAGCAGUGCCUGCCCACCUACGUGGUCAUCAUCUGUACCUCCAAAAUGAGUGGCAAUGAGUUCUGUGUGCUCGUGCUGGGAAAGUACCAAGCUCGGGCGUUAGCCGAAGGCAUGCUGACAACCAAUGAGUUCCUGAAGGAGAUCAGCUACGAGCUCAUCACAGGGAAAGUCAGUGUUUUGGCAUCUCACUUCAAAACAACGUCAUUAGGGGACAACCUAGACAAGCAGCUGGUGCGCUACCAGCGUCGGCGGAAGGGUCAGGUCAUCCAGCCCUACCAGAGCGAUGUCACCGAGCACAUCCACUCCCAGGAGGCUGCCAGCAACGCACCACCAUCAGAGACAGAUCUGCUGAGUGAGGUCUUCCAGAUCUAUCCGCCCCAGCUGAGUGUGGCAAGGAGCCUCCUCUCCCAGGUCUGCUCCAUCGCUGACUCCGGGAGCCAGAGCCUCGACUUGGGACGCUUCUGCAAAGUGGACUUCCUGGUUUUGGUCCCGCCCUCCCAUGUUCUGGUGCACCAAACUGCACAGCGCAUCCGACAAUCAGGAGUGCUUGUUGACCUGGGGAUAGAGGACGCCUCCUCAGCCUAUCAGAAAUCAGAGAAGUAUGUGGUGCGUCUGGACGGCGAUGUACACGUCAAGAUGGAGGCCUUCAUGAGGAAAGUCAAACAGAACCCCUACACCCUGUUCGUCCUCAUCCACGACAACUCACACGUCGACCUCACGAGUGCUCUGUCGGGCUCUGUGUGCCACGGCGAGCUGCAGGGCCUGGCUGACCGGGUGGUGAACUGCCAGGAAGUCCUCGACGCCAUGAACCUGCUGGUCCUGCAGGUCAGCUGCUUCCCUUUCACCCUGCAGACGCGCCAGUCCCGCAUUAGCAUCCACAAUGAAGUUCACUGGCCCUCCAACGACAGCCUGCAGGGGGAGCAGUCUCCUGAGGAUUUGGUGUACUUUGGCCUGAGGGACUACAGCAGCUCCCUGCAGUGGGGUGUGGCCAGCCCCAUCCUGCGCUGUGAUGAUGCUUUUGAGAAGAUGGUCCACACCCUGCUGGAAAGGCAUCCCCACCUUCACAGCAUGGUGAUCCGCAGCUACCUACUGAUCCAGCAAUACACUGAGGCCAUGAUGGCGCUGACCUCCUCCCCUUCUCUGAGAGACCACAUAACCCCAGAAACCCUGGCCAUGGUGGAGGAUCUGAUCAGUGCCCCGGCUCGGGAGGGGUCCCAGGGCCGGGGCCACAUGCUGCUGGUCCGGGUCCCCUCGCUGCAGUUGGCCAUGCUCGCCCGGGAGCGUUUGGAGGAUGUCAGGGACAAGCUGGGACUCCAGUUGUGCUUUGCUGUGCUGCUUGGAAGCCCUGCAUCUGAACUCACCCUACCCAGAAACUUCACCAGUCUCCUGAGGUCGUGGCGAGGCUGUGAGAGUGAAGACUGGGUACCGCACACCUACGAGGAUCUGGAAGGGCUGCCUUGCAUCGUCAUUCUUACCGGGAAAGACCCUCUUGGAGAGACUUUCCCAAGGUCUCUGAAAUACAGUGACCUGCGCCUAAUCGACUCCAGCUACCUGACGCGCACAGCCCUGGAGCAGGAGGUGGGUCUGGCCUGCACCUACGUGUCAAUGGGCGUCGUCCAGGAGCCCAAGACGAACAUGGCCCCGCGGGAAACCGAGGGAGAGAAGGCCACCAGCUGCAACGAUGGAGAUGAGCUAGAAAGACCGCAGAGCAACGGCAGCGUUGCUACCAGAACCUCUGGCUCUUUGGCAGAGAACGGUGUCAGUUCAUCAGACGUUGCCGAAUGUUCCCAGAGGCCCUCCACUUCCUCAAGUCCACCUGAAGGUGCCCUCACCAGAGAACAGAGCACAGUAACGCAAGGGUUCAAACAGGAGUGUGAUCUAUUGACAAGCCAGCUCUCCUCCAACGCUUCUAAAGGCUCCAAGGCCCCUCCAUCCCUUUGCUCCAUGUCCUCCUCCUCCUCCUCCUUCUCCCCAUCCUCCUCCUCCACCCAGAGGCCUAGCCAGUCCACGCAGUUUGGCCGAGACGCUAAACACAGUCGAGUGUCGCCGCGGACGGUCAUCAUGUCGCGAGCGGCGUACAACCUGCUGGCUGGGGAGUCGGGUAGUCAGUUGAGCUCCUUCUCCCUGCUGCCUCAUGCCGAUGUGGCCUGGAGCAGCCCGCUGAGGCCCCUAAUCACCCACAACCUGCAGGGGGCAGAGCAGAGCAUGUUCUACCGCCAGUGGACCGUCGCCAGGCAGCACCAUGCGGAUUAUGAAGCCCCACCUGUGCCGCAUCUACGCCGCCUGCUGCUCAGUGGACCGCCACAGGUGGGAAAAACAGGUGCCUACCUGCAGUUUCUGCGUAUCCUGUUUCGCAUGCUCAUCAGACUGUUGGAGGUGGAUGUUUAUGACGAAGAAGAGGUGGAGGAAGAGACGUCAGAGGUUCCGACUCCGUUUGGCUCCCAGUGGCCUGACAUUGAGGACAUCCGCAAGCUGCCCUUUGACCCCUUCCCCCGGGACCCAAAGUUCAGGAAGGCCAGCCCUGUUUACACUGACAAGAUGCCAAAGUGCUUGAAAGAUCCUAAACAAGAAGGAGAGAGCCAAACGCCAGCCAAGAGAGAGACCAAGUCCAUACGUCUGAGUAGAUUUGCCGCCCACAAUGCCUUUCAUCACUGUGAACAAUGUCACCAAUACUGUGAGGCCAGCCCUGCCACACAGCUGUCGGAGUGCACCUUCCAUGCGUUCACCUUCUGCUCCUCCAUGCUGGGUGAGGAGGUCCAGCUCCACUUUAUCAUUCCCAAAUCCAAGGAGCAGCACUUUGUCUUCAGUCAGCAGGGCAGCCACCUGGAGAGCAUGCGCCUGCCCCUGGUCUCCACCAAGGACCCCAACCUGUUGAAGAGUCCUAUCUUCACCCCCACCACCGGACGGCAGGAGCACGGCCUGCUCAACAUAUUCCAUGCCAUGGAGGGCGCUGCCCAUCUGCACAUCCUGGUGGUCAAGCAAUACGAGAUGCCCCACUACAGGAAGUACUGGCCCAACCACAUCCUGCUGGUCCUGCCCGCUGUGUUCAACAGUGCUGGAGUUGGAGCCGCUCGCUUCAUGAUCAAAGAGCUGUCGUACCACAACCUGGAGCUGGAGAGGAACCGGUUGGAGGAGCAAGGCGUCAAGAGGCAAGAUGUUUGGCCUUUCAUCGUCAUGAUGGACGACUCGUGCGUGUUGUGGAACGCCCAGCAGCCACCAGACAACAGCGAGACAUCAGAAGGAGGCCCCACCGUCACCAACGUGUCUCUGAAAACAGUUCUGCAGCAUAUGGAGGCCACGCCCAAGAUCUCCCUGUACGCCAUGUGUGGUAUCCGCAAGUGGAGCAGCAGCAUAGCUCGCAAGCCUUCCAGCCUGCCCUUCUCUCGAUGUCACCUGCACGACUUUGUUAUGCUCAAUGUGGACUUGACUCAAAACGUUCAGUACGACCUCAACAGGUAUAGCUGCGAGGAGGUGGACUUUAAUUUGAGGGCAAACUGCAGCGGCCUGCUGCUGUGUCGCUUCAACUGCUUCAGCCUGAUGAAGAAACACAUUCCAGUCGGGGGGAACAAAGACUUCCUGGUGAAGCCUAAACUAAUGGAGAUGGAAAACUCUGCACCCAUUAGCCCGUCCCAGUAUGUGUGUGCCCCAGACAGCGAGCAGACCCUCCUGGCUGCCCCGGCCCACUUCCUGCUGGAGAAGUUCCUGCAGAGCUGCAGCCACAGACUGUUUCCCAAGGCUGUGCAGAACAGAAACAACCCAGUUCUGUCCAUCGACAGCUACCUCAACAUUGGGCCAGAGGUUUCUGUGUGCUACAUCAACUCUCGUCCACACUCCACCAACCUGGACUAUCAGGGCCUGGUAUUCAGUGGCCUGCUGCUUUAUCUCUGCGACUCCUUCGUUGUCUCUGGACUCCUCAAGAAGUUUCGCUUCCUCAAAGGUGCCACGCUGUGUGUGAUCUGCCAGGACCGAAGUUCCCUGCGUCAGACCAUCGUCAGGCUGGAGCUGGAGGACGAGUGGCAGUUCCGCCUGCGGGACGAGUUUCAGACCGCCAACUGCAGCGAGGAUCGGCCCCUCUACUUUUUGACUGGCCGCCAUGUUUGAACAUAAAACCGCCUGGGUCCUCUCUCCCACAUGAUCACAAUCACAAAUGUGAAUAGCCUUCGAUUCCAAACCAGCCAGCAAUCACAAUUCUUACCAUUCCCAUGGAAGGUCAGAGGGGAUUUGCUGGAUAAAGGCCCUAAGUACUAUGAAUGGACGCGUGGCCGUGGAAAGUGGCUCCGACUACAUGUACCUGUACCACCAGUGCACUCUGCCUGGCACUAAGGAGUGUCAGUGCAUGUCUUAACUCUUGCUUUUCGUUGGACUUGUUUGCAACUGAAAGAGACUUUGCUGUGGAAAAGACACAGCUUGAAGACAAACUUUUUUGUUUUGUUAUUGUAUUCCCGCAAAAACGGACACUCUCUGAUCGAAAAUGUGACUAUUUGAAGAUUGUAUGUGUACUUGGACUGUGACUGCAGUAUGUACCAUCCCUGGACAUACGUGUUUAUCUCAGGGUAUUAAAGAGAGAUAAAAAGGGAGGUCGGUUAUAGGGGUAAACCAACUGCUUUUCUCCUCAUUCACCAUGUGUUUUUUGACAUUUUCCCCAUGUUGGUACCCCAGUUUGGCUCACCAAAGACAUCCUCAGCUGCACCUUGUUUUUCUCCUACACUUUCUCCUACACCCCCACACCCCUCCGCUUCACUUGCUCUGCUCCUCCGUCUCCAUGAACCUCACUAUCAACUAUAAAAAAGAUACCUGACCUCAUUGAAGAAAUAUAAUGUGCAUAGAGGCUGCCCAGCUAUUAUGGAGUGCCAGUAUAUUGGAUUUCUAUCAUUGCUUUUAAGGUCUUAGAAGAGAAUCAAAUUCUAAAAUGCCAGUAGUAUUCAAAGCACCAGUGGAUAUCUGAGCUACUACAGUGCAAUUGCAAAUGGUAAACCACUACAGGGAAUCCCUUUUCUCUUGUGCCUGUAUUAUUUAUGUGGCAUCGAUAAUCCGUCUGACAAGGAACUAUAUAAGUGCAUUUUUCCAAUGGCUCUGGGGUGAUUUUAUAAUCACACUAUCUAAACAUGGUAUGAUCUAUACAUUCAUGGCUAAAGAAAGUGCAAGGUUUUAUUUUCAUAACUGAUCAACUGCUUAUUUUCACAACAGAUAUAUAUUUCAAUUGUUUGCCAAUCAUAUGGAGCAAAAUGGAAGGGAGAGGUGGCUAGUUUACCAAUCAAAUAUGUUCUAAAUGACAUAUUUUUGCAUAUAGGCAUCUACUUUAUUAAAUUAAAUGCUAUGUAUUGUAAGCAUAAUCCCAGUGAGUCAGAUGCAAUGUGUGAUGCAAUGUAAUGAGCAAAUCUCUUCACUGCCAAAUAUGUUGUUAUUGACUGUGCUUGUGAUUUCACCUCUUGUUGUAAUGUGUUCUGUCGCUGAUUACAUUAACGGUCUCGCCCACCAUCCAUACUCCUUAAACUCAUAAUACAGCUUGUGCCGGCUUUUGCCACCAAAACAAAGGAUAAUCAGAGGAAGUUCACACACUGUCAAAUAGCAGACAACCAGGUCAAUUCAUAUACGUGAAAGUGAAAUGUUUUUAUAUGUUACUGCACAGGGUUGUCCAAAGAAUAUGCCUUAAGUGAUGCUGUGACGCAGAUGUCACUGUUAGCUCCAGUCGCUCAUUUUACGGACCAAUGAGAAUGAAGAAAAACAUUUAGCUAUGAGGGGAAGAAAUGUUGUUUGUCUGAGUGAAGCAAGAGAAAGAUGGAAUAAUUGGAUGUAGGACUACUGUCUGUUGUUUAAAGCUUUGUUUACAUUAUUAAUAUAUUAUAUCAACCCCAUAACAACUGAGGGUUACUGGUUAUUUUUUUAGUCUUGUGUAACUUUUACCAUUAUAUUUUUUUGGUCACAACGUCUUCUGCAUUUUGUGUUUUGCAAAGGCAAGAAGAAUCUACCUAGAUGUGUUCUUACCAUGUGUUUGUAUGCCCUCCCUAUACUUGUAUUGGAUUUUUAUUGAAAAUGAAAAUCAGGUCCAUGAGGGAUUCUUAUUUAUUUGACAAGCAUUUUCUUUUUUUUGGACUGAUAAUCAUAUUGAAGUGUAAUAUUUGAUUGCAUGCUGAGCUCGCUUAAAUCAAGGGAGUGUGUCCGCUUCAGAAAUCCAUCCAUGAAGGCUUUGCACAAGAACCAAGAGAAUGAUUCUUAUGUCUACUGAAUGUUAAUGCGGGUAGGAAAUGUGAACUUGCACUAUACAACUUGCCAGCAGCAAAAAUAUUUCCCAAUAAGCAGAACCAUGAAAUUAAGCUCCCCGAACCCAACAAUCAAUCGAUCUGUAAAAGACUGACUGGUGAUCAAAUCCUAUCAUACCCGUCAAACUCCACUGGCCCAUAGAAUGUGUCUUUUCUUUUUUAAAUAAUUAGUUGAACACCUAACUUAAUAUGCAACUUGCUUCUCACAAUCGUCACUGAAGUGUCAACUGUUGUGAGUUUUGAUAUCCGCGUGUAGCCCAGCGGGAGCCUUGGUGUCUGAGUGAUCGACCUCGUGUUUACCGCUGUGGUCGUGGGCUGGGAACAUGACUUUGGAGCCGUGCUUUUGUUGUUGGAAAUUUAUGAAUGUAAUAAAACGACAUCUA